GUUAAUCUAAUGGCAGCAAACCACACUUCAGUCAUGAAAUGACACAAACCAUUGAUCAUCUCUUUUAUCUAACCAUUCCAAAAUCGUCGUUCCUGCAACAAAACCCAGAAAAAAGAAAAGAAAAGAGAAAAAUAACAUAAUGCAAGAAAUACCCGUGAUAGUAGUUGGAGCUGGAACUUCAGGUAUAGCCGCAGCUGCGUGCUUAACCAAGCAAUCAAUCCCUUACAUAAUCAUCGAGAGAGAAGAAUGUUUCGCUUCUUUGUGGCAGAAAUACACCUACGAUCGUCUUCAUCUUCACCUAAGAAAGCAAGUGUGUGAGUUGCCAUACUUUCCAUUUCCAAAGUCUUAUCCUCACUACGUGCCGCGGAAGCAGUUCAUAGAGUACUUGGGCACCUACGUGAAGCACUUCAACAUCGACCCUUUGUACCAAAGAGCCGUGGAGUUAGUGGAACGUGAUGAUGAGAAAGGGAAGUGGAAAGUCAUGGCUAAGAAUAGAAGCUCUGGUGAGGUAGAGGAGUAUGGUUGUAGGUUCUUGGUGGUGGCUAGUGGUGAAACGGCUGAACCUCGAGUGCCUCAGGUUUUGGGGUUAGAGAGUUUCAAAGGGAAAGUGAUUCAUUCAACAGGGUACAAAAAUGGGAACGAGUUUGAAGAUGAACAUGUUUUGGUUGUUGGAUCUGGAAAUUCUGGCAUGGAGAUUGCAUUAGACUUGGCCAAUUUUGGUGCCAAACCUUCCAUAAUUGUUCGCAGCCCGGUUCAUUUUCUUUCGAGGGAUAUGAUGCAUUAUGCGUCGGUUUUGUUGAAGUAUUUGUCGCUAAGCACGGUAGAGAAAUUGUUAGUGUUGGUAAGCAGGAUCGUCUAUGGAGAUAUGAGCAAGUAUGGUGUACCUAUGCCCAGUGAAGGCCCUUUCACCAUGAAGCUCAAGUACGGUAAGUUCCCAAUCAUUGACUUGGGAACGGUCAAGAAAAUCAAAGCCGGAGAGAUCAAGGUGUUGCCAGCAGAAAUAGAAAGCAUAAGAGGCAACGAAGUGUUUUUUCAAGACGGCAAGUCGCACCCAUUUGAUUCAAUUAUUUUCUGCACGGGCUUCAAGAGAUCAACUCAAAAGUGGCUUAAGGAGGGUGAGGGUGAUGAUGAUCUUCUGAAUGAGGAUGGUUUUCCAAAGCGUAGUUUCCCAAACCAUUGGAAGGGUCAGAACGGUUUGUAUUGCGUUGGACUUUCAAGGAGGGGAUUUUAUGGAGCUAACAUGGAUGCCCAAAACGUAGCAAAUGAUAUUGCCUCGUUAAUUUCUCAAGAAGAAAAAAAUGCAAUUUGUGUCAUGCAAAGCUAGUGCUGUUUGGGAUAAAUGUUUUAAAUGAUUUGUUCAAAAUAAGGUUUUUAAUUUAAUUGUGUUUGAGCUAUUAAAGUUGAAAAAUACAAAGUGAAAAAUGUAUUGCACUUUUUCAAAAUAUAAUGUGUAUGUUGUAUGUAACCUAAGUAUAUGACUUUUAUUUAUAGCCUAAGUGUAUAUUUUGAUUAAAAUUUUGUAU